GGAGAAGAUGAGCUGUUCUUCCUGUUCUCGUCUGAAGAGGAGGGAUUAAAAGCCAGAAAUAUGCAGAGAAUUCAGGGAGAAGCGAAAAAAUAUAAAUGUCUGGAGUGUGGGAAAAGGUUCAGGUGGAGUUACAACCUUACUUCCCAUCAAAGAAUUCACACAGGGGAGAAACCAUAUAAAUGCCCGGAGUGUGGAAAGUGCUUUAGGAGCAGAGGAGGCCUUACUUACCAUGAAAGAAUUCAUACAGGGGUGAAACCAUAUAAAUGUCUAGAGUGUGGGCAAAGCUUUCCUCGGAAGGAUACUCUAACUUCCCAUCAAAGAAUUCACACAGGAGAGAACCCAUAUAAAUGCCUGGAGUGUGGAAACUGCUUUAGUCGCAAAGGAAGCCUAAUUGACCAUGAAAGAAUUCAUACAGGGGAGAAACCAUAUAAAUGUCUGGUAUGUGGGAAAAGCUUUCCACGGAAGCAUACUCUAACUCUCCAUCAAAGAAUUCACACGGGAGAGAAACCGUAUCAAUGCCUGGAGUGUGGAAAAAGCUUUCUAUGCAAGGAUAAGUUAAUCUCCCAUCAAAGAAUUCACACAGGGGAGAAACCAUAUAAAUGCCGGGAGUGUGGAAAGUGCUUUAGUUGCAAAGGAAGCCUUACGUACCAUGAAAGAAUUCACACAGGGGAGAAACCAUAUACAUGUUUGGAGUGUGGAAAAACCUUUCGACAGAAAAAUAUUCUAGAUUCCCAUCGAAUAAUUCACACAGGGGAGAACCCCUAUACAUGCCUGGAGUGUGGGAAAAGCUUUAGUAGCAAAGGAAGCCUUACUGACCAUAAAAGAAUUCAUAUAGUGGAGAAACCAUAUAAAUGUCUGCAGUGUGGAAAAAGCUUUCUUUGCAAGGAUAAGUUAACCUGCCAUCAAAGAAUUCAUACAGGGGAGAAACCAUAUAAAUGCCUGGAGUGUGGAAAGUGCUUUAGGUGCAAUGGAAGCCUUACUUACCAUGAAAGAAUUCAUACAGGGGAGAAACCAUAUACAUGUCUGGAAUGUGGAAAAAGCUUUCGACAGAAGAAUAUAUUAACUUCCCAUAAACGAAUUCACACAGGGGAGAAACCAUAUAAAUGCCUGGAGUGUGAAAAGUGCUUUACUAGGAAAGGAAGUCUUACUUACCAUGAAAGAAUUCAUACAGGGGAGAAACCGUAUGAAUGCUUGGGGUGUGGGAAAAGCUUUCGACAGAAGAACAUAUUAACUUCCCAUCAAAGAAUUCACACAGGGGAGAGUCCAUAUAAAUGCCUGGAGUGUGGAAAGGGCUUCAGUUGCAAGAGAAGCCUUACUAACCAUGGAAAACUUCGCAUAGGGUAGAAAACGUAUUUGCCUGGAAUGUGGAAGAAUGUUUCCAUGGAAGGAUGAACUAACUUUGCAUGAAAGAAUUCACACUGGGGACAAAGCUUAGAAAUAUCUGAAGCAUGGAUAGGUGUUCCAUCAAACAGCGCGGGGAGCGGUGGCACAGAG